CUAUUAAAGAUAAUGGACACUCGUUUUCCAAAGGAUUUGGCCCAGAAGUGAGUAAAGGGCGGCAUGUUUUAUUGCCAACAUGACUUACAUAAGGGGUACCUGUGUGAAUCAUAUGCAAUUGUGAGAGCUUUUCAAGUGAUGAAGAAUGCUUCAAAGUUUUAUGGAACAAUUCAUCUUCUUCCUGUGCUUAUUUUUAAAUUGAAAAAGUUGAGAAAGGAACCCCUCAAGGUAAUCAAGGGAUAUGUCAAGAAUGUCGCAAAGAGUUGCCUCUUCCUCGCAACUUACAUGGGGCUCUUGAUCUAUGGAUUAUGCAUAUUCCGUAGACUUCUUGGCAACCGCCCAUUGCAUGUAAUUUUUGCAGGACUCUGGACUUUCCCAGGAAUGUUCUGGGAAGCAGAGGGAAGAAGAACAGAGAUGUCACAUUACUUCCUCUCUCCAUUCCUUGAAGGAGUUUGGAUGUGGCUAAAGAAGAGAGGACUCGUUGCAGAUAUUCCAAAUGGAGACGUUCUUCUAUUCUCAGUCACAAUGGCAAUCAUAAUGUACUGCUAUCAAUUUCAUCAAUCUGCAAUUAAGGGAACAUAUCUCUCCCUCUUCAAGAAGUUGUGGGGAGAAGUAUAAGUAUCAUCUAUUUCUUCAUAAUAGGAUUUAGGCUAUCUUUGUCAUUAAUUUUCUCAGUAAUUCAUUA